AUGGCCAACAAAGACUGGGCCCUGGUGGUACAUACGGCCGGGCCCUUCCAGGGCAUCCAACGGCCUCUGCUUCUGGAGGAGGCGGUGAGGUGUGGGACGCCUUAUGUAGAUGUCUGCGAUGACACCGACCUCUGUAAAGCUGCCAAGGAGCUGGCCCCCGACUUGGAGGAAGCCAAAGUCCCCGCGAUCGUAUCUGCUGGCAUUUGGCCGGGAGUCUCGGCGCUGAUGGUUUGCGAGGCAGUCGAACGACUCAGUGGCGAUGUGGAGGAUGUCGAGAUGUGCUUCUACACUGCGGGCACCGGCGGGGCGGGCCCGACCAUCGUGAGCGCCACCUUUCUUCUUCUGGCAGAGCCGCCAGUCAACUUCCAGGAUGGCUGUGAAGUCCGUGUGGAGCCUUGGGGGAACCGGCGGCUCGUGGACUUCGGCCGUGAAGUGGGAAAGCAGUACGUCCACCUCCUGGAUGAGCCGGAGGUUUACACCUGCCACCGCUGCCUGGGCAUCCCCAACAUCAGCUCCAGCUUCGGCACCGCGCCGGACGUUUGGAACCUGAUGUUCGGCGCUGCCCGCUUCCUUCCGAAGUCAGUUCUCGGGAAUCGCGGCCUCAUGCAAGCUCUGGCCAACUUCUCGAUGCCCAUCAUCUCGGCCGUCGACAGACUUGUGGGGGCCACCAACGCUAUGCGCGUGGAUGCUCGAAGCUCCAGCGGCGAAGUGGUGACGCUUCGCAUCACGCACCCGGACUUGGAGGACUGUGUUGGGCUGGCCACUGCCGCCUUUUGCCUUGAGGUCCUGCAGGACAAGGUGCCACCGGGAGCCUGGUUCCCGGCAGAGAUGGCGCGGAAUCGCGCGAGCAUCUUUCACCGGGUCCGGAAGGGGAGCAUCAACUGGGAGAUGUAA